GGGUGGGGGUCGGGGGGAAAUGAAGCACCCAGAGGCAACGACUAAAGCGAGGAAGGACCAGAAGUCCUAAGGGCACCACCUUGGAGGGACCGGGAGGUUUCAGUAACUACCUUCCGAAAUAUCUCCCCUUCCCUAAGAAAAUUAAAAUCACCUCCGCCAUUACGUGGAGCCGCGGCCCGCACAGAAGACGAGCACGCGCGCCGGCUGAAUGCGCGCUCCCUUUGUCCCGCCUCCCGGCCGGCGGCUCAAUGAGCCGGGGAGCGCGCCCCGGCCUCCCCUAAGUGCUCCGGGUGGAAACUGGCGCCGGCGGCGGCGGCGUUCCGCGGGCGGAAAGGAAGGGAGAGGCGGGAAGGCUGUGCGCCGCCCGCUCCUCCCCACCCCCCGCCUCGGCCCUGAAGGGGCUGGAUGGGCAAGUUGGGCGCGAUGGCUCGAGCCCGGGCGGUGGCGGCGGCGGCCGGAGGCGGCGGCGCCUCCUCCUCCUCGCCCCGGCGCCGGCGGUGAUCCGAACGAGCGGCCGCGGCCCCCGAUGAGACUGUUCGUGGGCUGGCUGUGCCUGAGCCUGGCGUCCGUGUGGCUGGCGCGGAGGAUGUGGACGCUGCGGAGCCCGCUCACCCGCUCCCUGUACGUGAACAUGACGAGCGGCCCCGGCGGGCCGGCGGCGGCGGCCGCGGGCGGCAGGAAGGAGAACCACCAGUGGUAUGUGUGCAACAGAGAGAAAUUAUGCGAAUCACUCCAGGCUGUCUUUGUUCAGAGCUACCUUGACCAAGGAACACAGAUCUUCCUAAACAACAGCAUUGAGAAAUCAGGCUGGCUAUUUAUCCAGUUGUAUCACUCUUUCGUGUCAUCUGUUUUUAGCCUGUUUAUGUCUAGAACAUCUAUCAAUGGGUUGCUAGGAAGAGGCUCAAUGUUUGUGUUUUCACCAGAUCAGUUUCAGAGACUGCUAAAAAUUAAUCCAGACUGGAAAACCCAUAGACUUCUUGAUUUAGGUGCUGGAGAUGGAGAAGUCACAAAAAUCAUGAGCCCUCAUUUUGAAGAAAUUUAUGCCACGGAGCUGUCUGAAACUAUGAUAUGGCAGCUUCAGAAGAAGAAAUACAGAGUGCUUGGUAUAAAUGAAUGGCAGAAUACAGGGUUCCAGUAUGAUGUCAUCAGCUGCUUGAAUUUGCUGGAUCGCUGUGAUCAGCCCCUGACUUUGUUAAAAGAUAUCAGAAGUGUCUUGGAGCCAACUAGAGGCAGGGUCAUCCUCGCCCUGGUUUUACCCUUUCACCCCUAUGUGGAAAACGGUGGCAAGUGGGAGAAACCAUCAGAAAUUUUAGAAAUCAAGGGACAGAACUGGGAAGAACAAGUGAAUAGUCUGCCUGAAGUUUUCCGAAAAGCUGGUUUUGUUAUUGAAGCUUUCACCAGACUGCCAUACCUGUGUGAGGGCGACAUGUAUAAUGACUACUAUGUCCUGGAUGAUGCUGUCUUUGUUCUCAAACCAGUAUAAACACGUGGAGGCCCAAGUCUUCAGAGCCCACCCCAAGAAUGUACACUCCAGAAGAGGGUCUGCGUUUGCGAUUAUGUGAAGGGAGGACCUUUGGGGACUGCCAUUCUAAAUAUCAUGUAGGAAUUUAAAAAGCCAAAAUACUAAUUAUUUCUUUGUAGUGUGUAAAAGGAAUGUUUUUAAAAAACAAAACCCAACUCUUUGAGGAUUUUUAUCAACUCUUUGCUCAGUAUACAGGUCACAAUCCAAGUAUGGAAGAUAUUUUUUAUACUUAAUUACAGUAGGGACUCAUUCCCAGUCAAAGCAAUAGUCAUGACUUCACACGGAACCAAUAAAUAUGGAUUGUUUUUAAUAAAAUGAAGACUGGCAAUAAAGCUGUCCGUUCAAUUGCAAAUAUUUGGUUAUAAGGUAUAGCCACUGAUACUCUUUCAUGUUUAGAAAUUCUUUCUGUCAUUAUUCAAAAAAUGUUUUUAAUCAUGCUAAUAAACUUUUUUGGAGAUGACUCUGG